GGCUACCUCCACGUUGCCCAUGAUGGCCUUGUAUUCUCUGGGCCGUUGCCGACUUGGAUGGCAAUUCGGUCUUCCUCAUUGCCGAAAAUGGCAACCCCGACAACAAGACUUACGUGGGUCACUGGCACCAUAUAACACUCGAAGCGGACACCCCGGCUUAUUUCGAGCUCCGGUAUCGCACCCAAGCGAGCAUGACCUUCCGUAUCGUGAUGGCCGACUUCAACGCCAAGUUCACGUACGACCAGACGGCCAUGGGUCACGACGAGCGCCACCGUGUCAGGUUGGACCCCAAAGAACAGUUCGAAGUGCAGAGGAUUAGUUACUCAGGAUCCCCAGGUCAAGCUAGGAUUUAUCUAGCUGGACUUACCUCUGACCUUGUUGAUAUCACUGUGGACACAGAGAUUCGAUCCGCGAUUCUAGGCCUGACUGACCAGCUGUGCGAGACCCAGGCGGACAGCCCGACGUAUUUGUACCAGACCGACUUCGAAAUGGGCGAGGAUGAUCCUCCCGGACUGAGAGGAUCGACCGCCGUCGACAUCGCGAGCUACUGUGGAAAGAAAUCCUUUUUGAUGAAUUCGGACGACCCAAGACUUUACUACACCGACAACGAGGAUGAAAUGGCGGACGUUAACACCCAUCGCUAUAUGUGUUUUGCUGUCCGAGGCAACAUUGAGACUACCAUGAGGAUACAGUUCCGCUGGAAGGACAAAUAUGGCAAUGGCGGAAGAACCGACACACUUGUGGCUGAUCACGGUCUUGCUGCCACGGCUGACACGUGGAGUUCACGGCUGCGUCGACUUGCUUGCCCUCGUGGACAGUUCGUGGUUGAACAAUCACCGUAUUGCAGGAGAGAAGCUGAAGGUCAGACACGUCCUGGCGCCGCGUCGAGCAACUCACAGAGACAGCGUAUACGUCGAUACCUUCGCCUUUGCCACAGAAGACAUUGCCGUGGUCCAGACCCGACCAUCCGCCCUGAAGAACGCAGGAAUCUUAGUGGACGACGUGGUCGUGACGGCAGUGGAAAAUGAAAAUGCUUUCGAUGUGGAGAUCCAGACCGGCAACUGCGUUGGAGAUUUCCCUCUACUCGGCGUGACGCAGACCACGGGCGAAGCUUCGUGGAUAACCGAUCUCGCCAGCGCCGCCAGCUACACCUUCAGCGUGGGCGCGGAGGAGGUGAACGUGAGCAGGACUUUUGUGGCGACUCAUCCCGUCACCGGAACUUGGUCGCUCAACAUCGAAGGCGUC